ACUCCCCAGCAUCACACACCGGCUGCUGGCGGACGGGGCCAACUAAACUUGAUUCUCCCGCAAGAAAGCAGUCAAGUGCACACGGAAAGCCAAAAACUCUAGGGACAUUAUCUCCGGACAUGUUUUUGCGUCAUUGGAUUUAAUUGUAGGCGAAUAGGCCUUUUUAUUUCCUGGAAUUCGCGAUUGUUUUCAGUUACUGCCGGACUAUGAAUGAAACAAAAGCGUCUUAUCCCGUCGCCAAGUACGGUAAAGCCCUGUUUGGUCUCCUAACGUGAUAUCUUGUUGGAAAUUGGGUAAAGACGGGUUUUUUUCAUGAGCUCAAAAACGAAUUUGACGUGUGGGAAAACGGAGGGAAGUGAUCAUAGUUACCUGAAGGAGGCUUGACUUUAUCAUCAGACUGAAACUUCAGUGUCGAAAUGACUACGAUGCUUAGUGCAGCUAUGCACUGGUCUUAAUGGUUGUCCAUAUGCAACAAUCAAAAUACGCUGUGUGUUCUCUUGAACUUGAUCUUACUUUUGGAUUGGAGGGGGGUUAUGAGCGCAUCUCUCAUGCGAUUUAGUCCCGUUAAGACAAGCCAUCUCGGGCUCCAUCCUCUCUCACAAUGACUCAAGGAGCAACCCUUGUGUUUGACUGGCUAUCGACCCUAAAGCUGUCUCAAUAUGUGGAGGCGUUUGUGGAUAAUGGAUAUGACGACUUGGAAGUUUGCAAGCAAAUUGGGGAGCCGGACCUCGAUGCCAUCGGUGUCCGCGUAGAGUACCACAGACACAGGCUGCUGAGCGCCGUGGCGAGGCUGAGAGAGGCAGACCACAGGAAGUCACCUGGACACUAUUUCACCCUGGAGCCGCUUAACCCAGAUGGCUCCAAUCGUCCGGCUCUCCUUCAGCCGCAGGAGAGGGACCUGUGGGGAACCAGCAGGGAGGGCACCGGGACCGCGGCCUUCAGGCACCAAGCCUCCUGCCCGGGCAACCACAACCCCAGGUUCACCGAUUGUAAUGACUUCGUUACUUAUCCCAAAUUGAAGCUCAAGAUAUUGAUCAGGGAUAAACUGGCCAAAGAGGGGAUCAACUUGAGCAAAUCACCUUAUACACACAAGGUAAGAGUCUGUUUAUCUGUGUAUCAAUGUGCAUGCCGCACUUCACCUAGGUGACUUUUAUUUCCUGAAGACAAGGACGCAGGGUGGUGGUGUUGAAAGCCGGUGUAUUGUUAGGAUUGUACACAAUGAUACAUGACGCUGUUGAUAAAUGCUGCCAUGUAGGAGACAUGUAGGAGAUCCCCUACAUGGAGAGUGAGUGUGGUAAUGGCUAGUCUAACUCGUGC